AUGGCGAAAGAGAGGAUGGAUGGGACCUGGUUAGCUUUUUGGAAAGCGAAAUCUCUGUCCACGGGUGGCAAGGAAGUGUUGAUUAAAUGGUGUAAUAAGGAUAAGCCUCACGCAAUCCAUUGGCUCCACUGGGAUCUUCUAUGCCUGAGCAAGCCUUUGGGUGGUCUUGGCUUUCAGGAUCUGGAAGCUUUUAAUUCAACUCUUUUAGCAAAGCAUGCUUGGCAUUUUCAAGUUCAGAAGACCGGAUUGCUUUAUCAACUUUUUAAGGCCAAGUAUUUUCCUUCUGCUUCGUUUUUGGAUACUUCUUUGGGAUCCAAUCCUUCCUGGGGAUGGCUUAGUAUAUGGUCUACUCAGGCUUUGUUAUGCCAGGGGGUCUACUCAUUGAUUGGCAAUGGUUCAUCUACACAUGUUUGGAAAGAUCAUUGGGAAAUUCUCAAAGUUCACAUUAGUAGAUGGGAUAAACAGGAUGAGGUCAUUUGGCGUCCAGAGAGGUCGGGUAGAUUUUCUGUGAGGUCUGCUUAUAAAUUGGCCAUCUCCAUGUCUAAUUUUGCAGGUGCUUCUCUUCUUCCUUGUCCGUGGUCUUCGAUUUGGCGGUGUCGUACUCUAUCUAAGGUGCAACGUUUUCUUUGGUGCUGUUGUCUGCAUGCCGCACCGGUUCGGGUAGCUUUGCUGGACCGUGGGUGUGUGGUAUCGCCUCUUUGUCCUCGUUGUGGCUUACAGGAGGAAUCGAUUGUGCAUCUCAUGUUUUCUUGCACUCACUCCCUUCAGAAGACUAUCCUAUCUUCGGAUUUUGCGGAUGCUCUUAGUUUGAUUUAUUUUUGUGUUUGGAGUAUUUGGAAAGCCAGGAAUCGGUUGGUCUUUGAGGGAUUUUUAUGGCAACCUGAAGUUGUAGUUAAGAAGGCUGUGGCUAGUUUUUGGGAAUUUUAUGAUGCUCGGUCCCUCCGUUUUUCCGUGCAGGAUGAUUCGGUUCUCAAUUUGGUGGAUUUGUGGUGUCUUCCUCCUUCUGGAAUUGUUAAGUGCAAUUUUGAUUCUUCUUUUUAUCGGCCCUCUCUACAGGGGGGUGGUGGAGCUGUUUUCCGUGAUUUUCGAGAGGUAGUGCUUCAAGCAGUUAUUUUUCGUCCCUUUUCUGCUUCUUCAGCUUUGGAGGCUGAGGCGUUGGUGUGUCAACGAGCUGUUUUAUGCGCUAUGCGUUUGGGUUUUUCUUGCUUAUGGUCUGAGUCAGAUGCUUUGGUGGUUGUGAAUGGGGUAACGCAUCGAGAGACGUGUCCUUUGGAUAUUGCUUCUAUCUGUUUUGACAUUUCUCGAGACCAGAGGGUUUUUUAG